GCCCCUUCCGGCCGUCAGUCGGGGCGGCGGCGCGGAGCAGUGCAGACCUCUCCGCGGAGCUCCGAGCGGCGAUGGAGGCCCCGCCCGCUCCCCCCGCCGUGCCGCCCGCUCCUUGCAGCGCCGCUCGGAGCCUUCAGGACGAGCUCACCUGCCCGGUGUGCUUGGAAUACUUCACCGAUCCGGUGUUGGUGGCGGAAUGCGGCCAUAAUUUCUGCCGGGCCUGCGUGACGCAGUGCUGGGAGGACUCCGCGCGGCGGCUCUGCUGCCCGCAGUGCCGCGAACCGGUCCCGCAGCGGCUCUUCCGCCCCAACCGCUCCCUCGGGAACAUCGUCCACAUCGUCCGGCAGCUCGGCUUGCCCCCCGGCCCCGCCGAUCCCCCUCCGGGCCCGCCCGCCCCCGCUCCGCCUCUCCCAGCGGCCGUUCCUCCGGUUCCGCCUGGCCCUCCCCGCUGUCCCCGUCACGGCGAACCGCUGCGGUUGUUUUGCGUUCAGGACCGGAGGGCGGUUUGCGUUGUGUGUCACCUCUCACGGGAACAUCGCACCCACACCGUGCUGCCCGCCGAGGAGGCGGCCCACGCGGCGGAGGAGGUGCCUCAGGAGCACCUGAGCUCCCUGCGGAAAGGACGAGAAGAAGCAAAAGCUGAGAGGGAGAGGCAGAGCGAGGACCUGCUGAAGCAGACAGAAGUGGAGAGGCAGAAAAUCGUGGCUGAAUGCAAAGAGCUGCGGGGUUUCCUGGAGGAGAAGGAGCAGCUCCUGCUGUCCCGUCUGGAAGAACUGGAUAGGGACAUUGUGAAGAGGAGAGAUGAGAGCGUUUCCAGGCUCUCGGAGGAGAUUGCCCAGCUGGACAAACUGCUGGGGGAGCACGGGGCAGAAAACGGCCCUGGGAACACGGCUGUCACCACUGCUGGAAGCAGCUUUGAGAGCUGGAUGUUCUGCAAGCCGGAGCCUGGCUUCGCCGAACUGGAGAAGAAACUGAAGAGCUUCUCCCAAAAGAGUGCCGUGCUGAAAGAAGUGCUGCUGGAGUUCAAGGAGAACCUUCGGUUCGAGUUGGAGAACGAUACAGGAGACCUCUCCCUGGACCCGGAUACGGCCAACCCCUACCUGGUUCUGUCUGAGGACAAGAGGAGCGUGCGGCUGCGAAGUGCCCCCCAGGAGCUUCCUGCCAACCCCAAGAGAUUCGAUUACUCCUUCUGCGUGCUGGCAGCUGAGGGUUUCAUGGCAGGGAGGCACUACUGGGAGGUGGAGGUGGGCGAUGGGGAGAGUUGGGUGCUGGGGGCGGCGCGGGAGUCGGUGCGGAGGAAGGAAAAGAUCGAUUUCGCCCCUGAGGAGGGGAUCUGGGCCGUGGGGCUGAACUGGAAAGGGAAGAAUUGGGAUCAGUACCAGGCUUUCACCUCCCCCGAGACGCCCCUGUCCCUGUGUGAGAGACCCCGGAAAAUCGGGGUGUACCUGGACUACGAGGGGGGGUGGGUGGCGUUUUACAACGCCGAUAACAUGGCUCCCAUCUUCACCUUCACGGCAGCCUUCACCGAAAAGAUUUUCCCUUUCUUCUGGCUCUUCUACGUGGGCUCCUCGCUCUCCCUGUGCAAUUGACCUGGCUGGUUCUGUGCCCCCUCCCCGAGCCGACCCGCCGGUAGUGCCCCAUCCCACUCCCGUGUCCCUGGCUUCCCACCAGCCCGUGGUUCUCCUCCAGCUGUAGGGUUUGGGUGUUUUUUUUUGUUGUUUUUACUUCUAGAAGUUUGCAUUUUUUCACCCAAAAACAGUCUUCUGGGGAGUCAGCCAUUGAGGGUGGAUGGACCUGGUUGCUUGAGUACCCCCAGACAGGGUUGGUUUCCCCUCCUUGACCCCCCUGUCCCAGCAAACCCCUCUCUUUUUGUACUUCUGAAGUCGGCUGCAAAGCAGGGAGCGGAGCCACGUUUGGGCUUCCUUGCUCCAUAGCAAAGCCACCUGCUUUGUGCAGGUGAGAAAACCCAUGUGAGGAGGAGAGGUGCCAUA